GUGACACAAUGGUUGCCACGGUGAGGGCAGUGGUCUGCCUGUCUCUCUGGCUGUCCGUCUGUCAGGUCAGAGGCUCCCACAUCCCUCAGGAGAUGAACAGAACCAUCCAGAACCUCCUGCAGCACUAUAGGAUUCCAACAAAAGAGAGAUUUAACGGGAAGCCCGUCUUCUCCAGAGAACCACUGACCACCAAGAUGGAGGCUAAGAGAGUGUUCAUGGGCGGAGUUUUGGAGGCGUACGAAAAGCUGCUUGGCGAGAUGUUGAAGCAGCUGCCCACCCCGAGUCCACAGGUCGCAGGGAACAACCAGCUCCCCGCCUCUGCCGUCACCCCCGCCGCCGGCACUGCCAGCAAUGGUGAGGUGGCAGCGGGCGGAGACCUCGGGAAGCAGCUGAGCUACCUCCUGAAGAAGGUGACAGACCUGAGGAAACACCGGUACAACGAGCAGGAGAAGGUUCUGCAGGGACUGAGAGACCUCAAAGACAUCCAGAUGGAUAACCGUGUCGUCCAGAGCAAAGCAUUGUGGGAGCUGCCGUGGCUGUACGAGGAGGCGAGCUCCCUGUCCAACAUCCAGAGGGAGAGAAGGAGGCGGCGACGGCAAACACGAAGGGUCAAAACUCAUCAGAGAGCCUGAAACACCAGGAAAGACGUCAGCAGUGACGGCGACGAGGGUGUUUAAUGACAAAUCUGAAGGGAUAAAAUAACAUGAGAAAGCAAAAAUAUCCAAAUAUAAACCAGCGUGCCAAGUUACUCUUUUUACUUUUAGAAAUUAUUAAAGAGAUUAUUUAUAUAUAAAAACAUAUUUAUUACAACAACAGUGAACCAGCAGCCUAAGCCUCAUAGAGAUUGUCGUUUUGUAGAAGUCUUUUGUUUUUUAAGGAAGUUUGGAGCUCGAUACUUGAAAGCAGCGUGAUCCUGUGAAAUGUUUAUGAUAAGUGGUCGUAUUUAAUGUGGAGCUGAGCUCACUUUAUCAAUCACAAUAUUGAUUGUUUAUCACCUGGAAAUACUUGAUGUUUUGAUUCUUAUCUAUUUAAAAACGUCAGAUAAUUUAAUGCUCCUAAAAUCAGCUUGAAUAUUUAACUGUCAGUGGCUCAGGUUUAAAAUGAAGCUAAGUAUUGUUACUGAUGUGGAACAGAGUGCACCAGAGAUACAUACUGACAGUGUAAUCUGAUUACUCAGGUCCAGCACUGCAGUACAGGUACUCUGCAGCUGUGGUAGAAGUUUUUGUAUUUUACUGAUAUGUACUUUCCUAUAUUUAUUUUAAUAUUUAAGGAGUCUAUUUAAUAAUCGUACUGCUGUGACUUAUUGUUGAUUAUUUAUUGAUUGUAUUUAUUGAUUGGCACUUGCAGACAAAUGCAACUGAAU